UACUGGCUAGCUCAUCGAAGUCGAAGCUGGAGCUCUCCACGCAUCCAACGCUACUAUCGUAGACGUCUCUCGAGCACUUUGCUUGCCGUCGUCUCUGCUUGUGGUGGUUGGUUCUGGGCCUCGGUUUGCUCAGUUUGCCGCCCGUCAACAUCGCGGCAUAGAGCAGCAAAGCCUCUCCUCACCAUCCCUUCGACUUGACAACGUCUCGCAAGGCGACUCCCCACUUUUUAUCAGAAGCGCGGCUCGUCUGCUCCGCCCACUCCCUCCAUUUCGAUCACCCUUGGCAUGCAUCGCUUCCGCCUUGCUCUCGUCUGCCUGGCUUUGCCUCUCGAUCGUUCCCUUGUCAAUGUUCAUAGUGUGCUGCCUCUUCUCUCCCUUUCAUCUCUGUCGUACUCGACUCAGCCUCAAUGCCUCGCACUGUUCAGCCCAGACGAGGCGCGAGCCGGUCUGCUUGACCUGGGGCAGCUCAUGCUCGACCGCGGUCGAGCGUCGGCGUCGUCAUGCUCAGCAGCGAGCAAACGACGACCUGCAAAACCUCGGUGCGGACACCAUCGCCGCUUCUCUGCACGCCGACGACGUCAUCAAUGCCGUCGAUGCUCGGUAGCCUUGGACGGCUCACGCCCCGCCAUCCUGCUGGCAGGAAAGUCACGCCCAGGGGCAGGUCAUGCCCACGUGGCUUCUUGGCCGCCGCGUCAAGCACCUCGAGUAGAGGUCACGGCUACGAGUCGUGUCGAACAUCGUUUCUCAUUCCGGUGAUGACUAGGACCACGUCACUGACACAAAUAUGCAUCUCCAUUCUUUCGCUCGAGCAGUCGUUAUGAGUCUCAACGAGGCCUUCAACUGGACAAGGCCACUUCACGGCUUCACGCCCGACACGCUCAAAUCGACACCUCCG